CUGGUGCUCCAGGAAGGUUGUCAGGCAGCGCUGAGCAGUAAUGUGUCCUACUCACCUGCUGUUUAUGCAGCACCAGGCCGCUUCUAAGAACUUUACCUGUUUCAGCUCACUGAAUCCUCACAACACCCAUUGUACAGAAGAGGAAACUGAGGCAGCGAGUGGUUAAGUGACUUCUCUGAGGUCACAUAGCUAGGAAAUGGUGGCAACAGUAAGAGUCCACGAAGAGCUGCGGUUGGUAGUUCACUCUGGACAGCCCUCCGGUGAACCGUCCCUUUACUGGCACUUGUUGCUGGGGACCUUCGUUGUCCUCUCCCUCCCUGGGCCAGGUGUGUCCUGGAGGGCAGGGAAGCGUCUUGGCAUGCGGGUGCGCGCCGCCCCCUCGACCUCUGGGCUCCCUGAACCUCGCAGGACCCCGGAAACCGGCAACUUCGAGCCCCGCCCCAGCUCCUGGCCGCGGGGGCGCACCGCGGGCGUCGGGCGGGGCGGCCCAGCAGGUAAAAGCUGCGCGGUCGCAGGCUCGACACUCACAGCUCUGAUGGCUCCGAUGGCACUGACGGCCAUGGCGCGUUCGAGCCUCCCGCUGGCGCUGGGCCUGGCCCUGGUCGCAUUCUGCCUCCUGGCGCUGCCCCGCGACGCCCGGGCCCGGCCGCAGGAGCGCAUGGUUGGAGAACGCCAGGACCUCUCGCCCGAGGACCCGCAGGUGCAGAAGGCGGCGCAGGCGGCCGUGGCCAGUUACAACAUGGGCAGCAACAGCCUUUACUACUUCCGAGACACGCACAUCAUCAAGGCGCAGAGCCAGCUGGUGGCCGGCAUCAAGUACUUCCUGACGAUGGAGAUGGGGAGCACAGACUGCCGCAAGACCAGGGUCGCUGGAGACCACGUGGACCUCACCACCUGCCCCCUUGCAGCAGGGGCGCAGCAGGAGAAGCUGCGCUGUGACUUUGAGGUCCUUGUGGUUCCCUGGCAGAACUCCUCUCAGCUCCUAAAGCACAACUGUGUGCAGGUGUGAUAAGUCCUUGAGGGCAAAGGCCAUUUGUUUUGGGGCCACGGUGGAGGGUACUUCAGGUCCAUGGGCCGUAUCUGUCACAAUAAAUGGCCAGUGCUGCUUCUUGCA